AUGGACUUGUACGGGAAGAUGGCUGCUACUCAGGAUGCAAAAGGGAAGGGGGAGGGCGGUGAUCAAAACUUCGACUACAUGUUCAAGCUGCUGAUCAUCGGCAACAGCAGCGUAGGAAAAACCUCCUUCCUGUUCCGCUACGCCGAUGACGCCUUCACUUCGGCCUUCGUCAGCACCGUGGGCAUCGACUUCAAAGUGAAGACGGUGUACAAAAACGACAAGAGGAUCAAGCUGCAGAUAUGGGACACAGCCGGCCAGGAGCGUUACAGGACCAUCACUACUGCCUACUACCGCGGCGCCAUGGGCUUCAUCCUCAUGUACGACAUCACCAAUGAGGAAUCCUUCGGCGCUGUACAAGACUGGUCAACCCAGAUAAAAACAUACUCAUGGGAUAAUGCACAAGUGGUUUUGGCUGCAAAUAAGUGUGAUAUGGAAGAGGAACGAGUGGUGUCGGUGGAUAGCGGCAGGCUGUUGGCGGAACAGCUGGGCUUUGAGUUCUUCGAGACGAGCGCCAAGGACAACAUCAACGUCAAGCAGACCUUUGAGCGCCUCGUCGACCUCAUUUGCGACAAGAUGUCCGACAGCUUGGACGGCGACCCGGCCGUCACCGCGGGAGCACCCACCGCCAAACUGACUGACAGUGCUCCGCCCCCUCAGCAGCCCAGCUGCAACUGUUAG